AUGACCUCGGUCCAGGUCCUCUCUGAGACCGACCUUGAGCCUGAGGGUGAUGCAGGAAGGUCCAGAAGAAGCCUGAACUUGGAAAACUGUGGACUCCUAAACGGUGCUUACUGGUGUUACCAGAACGCCGUGGUGCAGCUCCUGAGGACAGCAGGACCUCUCAUGUCCACGCUCAGCGCUCAGGAGACUGUUUGGACUCACUGUGAGGAAGCAGAGCUGCUGAGGUGA